UCCGCCUGGGUACCAGUACCGGGAGGGCUACGGCGAGGCGAGUGGGUGGUGGCACAUCCACCUGCCGGGCGGCGGGUGGUGCGCGUCGCUCGACAAGUGCUUGGCGCGCUCCAAGUCCAAACUCGGCUCCACGCGCGGCCUGCAGAACGGCAUGGCCACAGGGAGCCGCAGCAGCAGAAAGGCCAACAACGACAACGGCGACCCCGAUGCUCCCCCGCGCGGCAUAACGAGUGCGGAUGCCGCCACGAACCCCACCUUCUACAACUGGCACCUCGUGCGCCCCGUCUACUGUGACGGGGGGGGCUUCGCGGGCCGCGCGGGGUACAAGGCGGCGGGCAACGGCAGCGAGGGCGUUCAUAUGGACGGCUGGCGAAUCAUCCACGCCAUUCUCAGCGGUGCGUAUUCCACGCAAUUACAUUGCUGCUAA